AUGUCAAAUACACUUUUAAAUCCACAGCGAAUUCCCGUUAUUAGUUCAUAUUUCUUUCUUAUGAUUCUGCUUUCAUUUUAUGUAAUAGAAGUUUUUACGAAUCCAAUCCAAUCGCCGCUGAUAACGCCUGCACCUUCGUCAAUAAACUUUAGAAAAAGACAAGCUCCUGUUGAUUGUGGUGGUUUGGUGACAUUUUCAAAAUUUGAUGUCUUUUUCUUAGAAGCUCAAAACACAAUAACUUUCCUUGUCGAAGGAAAGAGUUCUGUGAAUUUAGAGGAUAUUGCCACUGUGAAAAUCUCUAUUUAUUGGGAUAGCGCACGUUCUCUUGACUACUACAUUAAUCCAACCGACUAUGAAAUUUAUCCAAUUGACGACGAUCUUUCAACAAACGUUAAAAUCAAAUCUACUCAGGUGGUUGAAGAAUCUUUAGAUUUUUUCAAGGUUCCAGGAAGCAGCGCUUAUGCGUUUUUAUCUGUGAUAAAGGAAGACGAAACCUUAGGAUGUGCUACCGCUUCUCUUGACAGCAUACCGACAGGUGCCUUUCCAUACUUAUUUAACGUUCCGGCUGUGCUUGGAACAGUUUCUGUUGUGAUUUUCUUUGUGGUGUCAAAAGCUAGCGCUGCGAGAACUUUUUCACCAGGUGAUAUCAUCAAUCAAGACAAUCAUCAACCUUCAUCUGGAACAGUUACCCAGCAGACCAAUUUAAAUUCUACCGCUCAUCAUAUGUCAGAAAAAUUUCCGGGUUAUAACAGUGCCAAUAUCAACGAUGUUGGCUGCGGCCACAUUCCAAAGGAUAGUUUUGCGCCUUUACCGCAUUCUGAUGGAAAUGCGUCGCAUGAUCCCACCAGCGGUAUAUCUACCACUGCAACCGAUAAAGUUGACACUCAUCAAUCUUUAUCAAUAUACGACCUCUUUCGUGCAGCUCAGUUUUUUGUAACCACCGCUCUAAUUUCUUUGCCUGGACUUUCAUAUAGUUACCGGGAUUUAGCAUCCAAACUUGGAUGGUCAUGCGGUUUACCAAGCGGAUUUAACGUUAAAUUUCUGUCCAACUUUGCAAACGAAGGGGUACGAAAGUCGAUAUGUAAUAUGACAAAUUUUUGUUCAAGUUUAACCGAUAAUAACAGCACAUGCAUUCAAGGGGAUAUACCCACACCAUCUUUCAACGUGACUGGAUUCGCAACUUAUGGGAAUGUAUUGAAGGUUCCAGAAUAUAAUUUAUUCUUCGUAAUGAUUAUUACAUUUAGUUCCACAGUGGGAAUUGCACUUGUUAUCGCAUUGUUGAUUGGGUUAUUGGCAAAGUUGUGUAAGUGCUUAUGGAAGAAAUGGCCCGCCUUGAAGAUGGCAGCGAAAAAUUUUCAUUUUUUGGUGUUUGGUGGAAUUUUACGUGUAUUGCUACUAUUUUAUUAUCCUCUAACCCUCUUUUCCGCCUAUCAACUGUCGCUUUAUAAAGAUUGUUGGUUGUUUCUUUUACUUGCUGUGGUUUGCAUAACAUUCCUGUCCCUUGGCGCAAUAAUUUUUUGUGGUUACAAAAUCUUUCGAGCUUGGAAAAAUCGAGCUCAAAUGAAUAAUCAAGAUGAAUUUAAGAAACCAGAAUACACCCUCUUAUACAGCUCACUCUACACUCAAUAUAAAGAUCAUACGGAUAAAGAUUGCAUUUUGUUUUUCAUAUACACAUUUGCUUACGACUUCUUUCGAGCCCUUGUCAUUGGACUGGGUCAGCAAAUAGCUAUCUUGCAAAUCGUCGGUUUGAGUGUGACGGAAAUGACAUACUUUGCCUUAUUACUUUACUUUCAACCUUUUAAAACAAGUUUAAUGAACUAUUUGAAGUUAUGUAUAUCGUUUUUAAGGUUCGUAAUUGUGUGUAUGUUAAUAGCAUUCUUGAGUGGUAUGGCCACAAAUAUUAAGAAUCGGAUUAUAAUUGAGAUGAUCAUAAAAUCUUCGCACUUCUUUAUCAUGGGAAUGUUGGUCAUGACCAUAGUCAUAAAUUUAGUUAUCGCAAUUAAAGAUCUCGUUACUGGAAAGGAUAAUAAAGACAAUCAUGAUGAGAAAUUAAUUACAAACACAUUAUUAGCUGAUAAGUAG